AGAAGUAGUGCUGCGUCUGUCAGAGCUAGGAAGGGAAACAGUUUCAAUCUGGUUAAACCGCUCUGUUAUGUGAUUUUUUUUAAUGUAUAUCCUUUUCACGCGGUCCACCAAGGCAUGAGGACAAAGAGUUAAAAGAGCAAAACUGUUGCAUCUUGCUCAAUUCAAGCGAGCAGUCUGGUUUUACAUUUGGACCUUUCAAAUAAAAAAAGCUUUAUGGAGCAGCAGCGGGGCAUCUGUAGCUUCACCCCGGGUGGGUCCGCAGGCUGCGGGACUGGGGUCUCCACCGGUCAGCCCACUAUGCGUUUGUGCAUCACCUCGACCACCGGCAGCCCGGUGGAGCUCACUGUGCCCCUGGGAGAGACUGUGGAGGGACUGAGGACUCACAUCUCCCACAAACUCAGACUGCAGACUAACAGAAUCGUCCUUCUGUUUAGAGACAGGCAGCUGACUGCAGGCAAACUGGUGGACCUGGGUGUAGCAGAUGGAAGCAAACUGACCCUGGUCCCUGCCAUUGAGGCUGGUUCAGCGUGCUCCACUGCCAGGGCUGAGAGAACCAUAAUGGAUGUCUUGGAAAGUUUACCAGAAGUCAAGAUCAGUGACUUCCUGUCUGGGCGCUCGCCUCUGACCAUCAACCUGGGAGUCGGAGCCCAAACGAUGUAUGUGCAGCUCCAGCUUACUGCACAGAACGUGGCAGAUCUGAGAGCUGGGGGAAGCAGUGAGCUUCAAACUGACCUGCCUGCCGCCGCCAUGACGAGCCCCCCUAACCCCUGCACCAAUACCCCAGGAUCCACCUCACCUGUUUCCCAAACAUCAAAGUCUUCUGUCUCCACGUCCUCGAUCCAACUGAGCUCUCAAAGACACAAAACUUCCUUUAACUCAGCAGCUCCCCCCUCCCACUCCCUCACCACAGCUCCUCCACAUGAAGCCUUUACUCCCCGCUCAACACACACAUCUCCUUCUGUUCUUUCAACCCCUUCUUUGCCUUCUGGUUGUCCACAUCCCAGCUGCCCAGCACCAACAGCCACACCGGUCUGUCCUCCUGCUCCAACCGGCUCCAUCCCUGGACCCCGCAGCCCAGCGCCAGCCUCCACCUUCACAGAGAGUAAUGUUCAUGCCUCAUCCACUUCAGAGCUGUGUAAGCAACCAGGAGCUGUCAUAGAAAGUCUUGUGAGCCACUCUCCAGGUGUCUUCUCCGGGACUUUUUCUGGCUCUCUGGCCCCUUGCAGUCAGACCGGCAUCAGCCAUUCUCGACGAGGCUUUGGCAUCAUUCUCCAGAUCCUCCAAGACCUCCUCAGAGCGGCCUUCCUCCACCAGGGGGCUCAACCUGCCCCUCCUCAUCUCCGCUGUCCUAAUAUGAACCCUCCUCCCGGCCCACUGCUCACAGCAGAGCAGCCAAGCAAAGCAAAAAGCAAAACACUGGUCACCCAGAGGGCAGAGCACAGUAAAACUCAAGGUGAGGAGAGUCCCCCCUCAUGCUCGUCCACACACGAGAAUCAAACAUUGCACUAUAAGCUAGAGCGCCUGCAGCACUUGAUGCUUCAGAGGCGUCUUCGCAGACGGACUCGCAGGAACUCUCAGACGUCUCACCCAUACCAGCACCGUCACCAUCGUCCCUAGUCUCCUGCAGGGAAAAUAUCCUCUCACUGUGAUCGCUGUGGCAGCUUUCUGGUGUCAAAAGAAGCCAAUCUGUAGACCAAAGCUGACCUUUGAACUUGUGGACUUGUUUAAGAGCAGCAGACUGAACGUUGUCGCUAUUUUUACACUCUGAGCAGUUCUAAAGAAUGUAUUUCCAAAAUGUCUGUGGAACAUGACUCCUGUGGCUGUCCCUGUGCCGAGUAUUCAUCUGGGUCUGUCCUUCACUGACAUCGCUCUCAUUGUCAAGAAAGGUUAUAAUGUACAUUUUCAUGAUAUACAUUUUGGUGUUUGUACAAAGCGUACUUUGUGUUUGUUCGUUUAUUUCAAUGCCUUAAAUGUCCAUGUCUUGAAUGUAAACUCUAUGUUUGGUUCUGUGCCGAGGAUGUUCCUCUUAAAUGUUUUACUUAUGCAAUAUAUAAAGUGUAAACACAAAGAAGGGAAAAGAAGAAUAAAGAAAAACUUUCA